AUGUCUGACCUUAUGAGAAUGAUGACAUCCAUGAAGCAAAACACUGAAGAUAACAUCAAGGAGUUGAAAAAUACGACAAAGCAUUUGGAGAACCAAAUCGCACAAGUCGCUGGCACCAAUAUCCAAAGGCAACCUGGCCACUUACCAGGACAACCUAUCCCUAAGGAGACCGCCAAUGCUAUCACUACUCGUAGUGGUGUUAGCUAUGAAGGGCCCCAAAUGCCUAUUGAUGAUGCAAAUCUUGAGAAGGAGAAUAGUGAGGUUGUAGAGAAAGAUGUGGAUGAUGUUCCCACCUUGAAGGAUGGGAAAGCUAAAACAAGUGAGGUUGAUAAAGAGAAAAAGAAAGGUUUCGAGCCUCCAUCCAUCGAGCUAAAGCUACCAUUCCCACAUCGGAUGCAAAAGAACAAGGUAGAUCAACAAUUUGGUAAGUUCUUGACUAUGGUCAAGAACCUUGAGAGUGUAGUGCUAUAUUGCAAUAAAUCCCCACCUAAGCUUAAGGACCCUGGUAGUUUUUCCAUCCCAUGUCAUGUAGGUGCAUUAUUCAUUGAUAAAUCUUUAUGUGACUUAGGUGUUAAUGUGUCUAUUAUGCCUCAAUCUGUUUGUAACAGGUUGAAUAUGGGAGCUUUAAAAUGCACAUAG